AUUAUCAUUAAUUUUUGGAUUCGUAGUCCAUGGGAUGUAUGGAUAGUGUCCCAUCUAAAAUUAAGCAAUAAGCAACAAAGGAGCUUAUGUAAAAUCCAACUAACUUAGUGACGGAAGACCGAAAAAAGUUCAACCCAAAAUCCUUAAUUUGUCGACAUACCCCACCACACACCACUAGUGAAAUAAGUGUAGAUUUAGAGGCUUUUUAACCACAACCACCCCUCAUCGGCAAUUUCGAAAGCCACGUGAAGUCUCUUAACGUGGCCCUUUAAGCAUCCACUCUCCUUUGUCUUCACCAGUUCUCCCCAACCCUAUAAAACCCACCACCUCAAACCCUCAUCCUCCAUUCAACCACCAUCACCACCAGUACUACUGCCACCUUCUCUCCUCCCUCAAAACUUCAUAUAUCUUUUUCCGACAUGGCUGCUUCUUCAAUAUUCAUGGUAGCCCCCAUCACAGUUUUCAAGAGAAAUCCCGCAUUCUCCAUCAGGUGCAUGGCACCGACACCACAAAGUGGUGAAACCGGGAGUUCCAAACAAGCAACCACACCAAAUAUGACCACUCCUCCUCCUCCACCGCCUGCACCGAAGGUCAGCUCGAAGUUCUCUGAUGUAUUGGCGUUCAGCGGACCGGCACCGGAGAGGAUAAACGGUAGGUUGGCGAUGAUCGGGUUUGUGUCGGCGAUGGCGGUAGAAGUGAGCAGCGGUCAAGACGUGUUUGCCCAGAUCGGCAAUGGCGGAGUGGCGGUGUUUGUCGGCACUAGCAUGGUGUUGACGUUAGCGUCGUUGGUGCCGUUGUUUAAAGGAGUGAGUGUGCAGUCGAAGUCGAGUGGACUGAUGACGUCAGAUGCAGAGCCCUUGUCUAGUCUAGCUAAUGUAUUACAAAACUUUUCUAUUACAGAAUUAAAUCUAAUUAAAACAGGAAAAUAUAUAUAUUCUUUUGAACAUUUAUUUGUAUCAAUUUACCAUACAUGGUUCAAAACUUCAAAUCAUGAAAAGCAUGUUUUCUGAUAAUAUAAAAGAAUAUAAUACAGUAUAA